AUGCUAGUCAAAAAUACAAAUACAAGAAAGUUUACAGGUUGCUGGGCUUGUAGAUUUAAGAAGAAGAAAUGUAAUGAACAGCGGCCACAAUGCACAUUAUGCAUUCAACAUGGGAAUCAUUGUUCUUACGACGUUAAAUUGAUUUGGUUAGAAAAUAAUAUGUACAAAUUGGAUACGAAUAGUCAAAUGGAACAUAGCGAUAAUAUCAAAGAAACAGACACAGUUGAACAAUAUUAUAACUCAAACAUAAUAUCAAAUGACAAAAAUAUGGCUGAUCAUGUUAAAACAUAUAAGAAUAAGAAGUUCACUAUAAGUAUUCGUCGUUUGAAAAUUUAUGACAAUGCUGUUCCCUCAGUCUAUGGACCUGUAGAAGGUAGAGAUUAUAGACAAGAUACGGUGGAAGCAAUUUUGGAUGACAUGUUAUUUAAAUUAGAGAACAUUUCCGAACUUGAUGGCUAUGUCUCUGGUCACCAAGGACCAUUUCAUGUAUUUUCAAACAACUAUAAGAAAUCGAAUGGUAUUGUCAAACAUUCAGUGACGAAAAAAACUCCUUCAAAUGUGGAUACUAAAAUCAUUAUCAAUUUCAUUGAUAAGUGUGUACCAGCAUGGAUUGCUGACCAAUUCGAAGAUACCACACAAGAUAACAAAAACAUAUUAAUAAUGGCAUCCACGUCGUACAUUAAAAGGGCGCUGCUUUCCAAUAAGAAACUAUCAAAAAUAUAUUUCCAGUUGCUCAAGUUGAACCAAAAGGAGCUAAUCCAAAACCUUGAUCACUAUUUAAAGGACACAUACAAUUUGAGUCCUGUGAUUCUGAUGCUGCUUCUUAUAAGAUGUCCAAGUGAGGUGAUGUUGAUAUCAGUAAUGUGCGAAAAAUGGAUAUUACAAUACUUACCAAAUAAAAUAGAACCGUAUCAUUAUCCCUUAAUCAACUUGACAACUAAAAUUACAAGUAAUUUGAAGGUGCUCGACCGCUGCUAUAACAUAUUAAAGAACCAAUCACUAAAUGGCGAUAGCCUUCUAAACCGAUUAUUAGUACAGGUAACAGAACGUAUCACCCAGUGCUGGUGUGACAAAGUUUUCCAAGAAAUGGUUUCAUUCAAAGAUGCCUCACAUUCCUGGGAGCAGAUGCACUACUGGGAGACAAAACUACAAACACAGUACAGCAUAGCAUACAGCCAGAACCUGCGAUCUUAG